UUAGAAUCUUAGGAUUCGCUGUAGUGGUGAAUGAGUGAAGUUGCUCUUGCGUGUCAGAAGUCGUGCGUCGUAAGCAUCGUGUCAGUAAAGAUGAAGGGUUUUCCUAUAGUGGUUUUUCUUUCCAUUCUAGCCAUUUCUCAUUAUGUUGAAGCUAAACCUGCUGGAGCUUCACCCGACGCGUCGACAAAGAAUAAAAGUUCAGACAGUGAAACCGCUGUACCGCUGAAUAAUGGGAAACCUGGAAGUGAUGACGUGCCAACCACCUUAGUACCUGUUGGAAGCACUGUAAUUACAAAUGGGGAAGUUCCAACUCUUGCACCUGGCGCGACACAAAGUACCACUUUAUCCAGCAAAAUUAACAUAACUACUGUAGCUCCUACCAGCAUGAAUGGUUCUGCACAAGCCCAUAAUGAUUCAGAAUCUACUACUACAACAACUCAGAGCUCAAGUUCUGACUCAUCACCAACUACAACUACAACUACUAUUUCUAGUAAAACUACAACCAACAGUUCAUCGAAUACCGAAUCAACUCCAUUACCCACGUCAACAUCAUCAAAACCAAUUGUUACUUCGCCAAUCCCAUUUGUAGAAACGUCAACUCAGUCAAUUCCAGUAAAAGAUCGCAGAUUUGAUGGCCCAAGCUUCAUUGGUGGAAUUGUGCUUUCUUUGGGCACAAUGGCAAUUGGAUUUGUGGCUUUCAAGUUCUACAAAGCUCGUACAGAAAGGAACUAUCACACUCUUUAAUUGACUGUGUCAUUAUUUUGGAAUUGGAAUAUCAAGAGGUCAUAUUUUGCUUGUGUAAAAGUUACUUUAUACAGAAAUCUCUGGAACAAAUGUUUAUAGGUCCUAUUUCCAGUACAUUUAUAGAAUCUCACUUACACAUAAAAUAAUAGUUAAAAUUGUCUUGAUUACUGACCACUGUCUGUUAUUAUGGGAACUUAGGGUAUAGAUGUUAAAAUGCUUAAUUGGCAUACAUUUUGAGAUGUCAGUGGUGGUUGUGAUGAGAUUAAAUUCUCAUGUAUUUACAUCAUGCCUGCCUGUACAGUUACGAAUGUAUAUUUUUUGAUCAGUGUAUUUGCAAAAUGCUUUGCUCAAGUCUGCUUUGUGGUUACUGUACAGAGUUGACACUGAUUUGUGGAUAGAUGUUUUUCCAGGCAAAUUGAGAGCAUAUAAAGUAUGUAAUAAGUCACAAGUUGCAUUCACUGCACAUUUUUUAUAUUCUAUGUGCAACCACAAAUUGUAAUUGUUGCUGUAAAAAGAUGUAACACACUGUUUUGUUUUCAUAAUAUUUUUUCUUUCCCCUUUCAACAUUUUAGCUUGUUGAGAAUGUUUGACAGGUCAGUUGUAAAUGCAGAUUAUAGUGAUGUGAUGAUGAAAACUGUCUUCAUAGUAAAGCUACCACCUGGAUAUUAACAAUGUACUGUAUGAAAAAUGACUAUUUUUGGUCCAUAUUUUUCAACUUCCAAUUUAAUAUACUUCAGCAAUAUCCUGGCUUACAGACAUGAAAAUCUGCUUACAUCACAAUCUCAACUCCUUAAUAUUUAUGUACAGUUAGGAUAUAGUCUGUGAUCACAUUAAAAUAUUUAAUUAAGAUUGUUAUGGGAUAAGUAAUAAGAGUGGAGUGUGUGAAUGAUUGUCAUGUUACUGGCGUCCAUAAUAGUAAGGUAUUUUUUGUUUUUGUUAAAUUUUUUUUCUGCCAGACAUUUCAGUGAAAUGUAAGCCAUGGCAAGAGUUGUUUUUCUGUAAACACUUUAGGUUGGUUAUGUCCUUAGUGGUAGGUUCAGUGCUCAGUUGAGCUAGCUAAAAGGAAUUCAAACUACUGAUAUCACAGUGUCAGGCAGUUGUCCUGAAAUUUGAAACUGAACUGUUUCUUAUUUUUUGAAUUAAUGAGUACUACUACUCACACUUUAUUUUUGUGUAGCCAGCAAGAGGCAGCCUUGCUUGAGGCAAUGUCUGGAGAUCUAACCCUGAACAAAAGUAUUUCUUUCAAACUCCUUUCAGCCAUGUUCAGCAAGUUCUGAAGACUGAAAUCUGUGAUAUUGAAGUUAAGUGUGUGUGUGUGUGUGUGUGUGUGUGUGUGUGUGUGAGAGAGAGAGAGAGAGAGAGAGAGAGAGAGAGAGAGAGAGAGAGAGAGAGAUUACGGUUGGUAUGAGUUGAAAUGGGCCUGAGAGAAGGCAUGUGUGUUGCUUAAGAUUGCUUUGCACAAUUUGGCACGCUUGUAGAAAAUAAAUUUUAUUAGUUGGCUCCUCACAUGUAGUUAUUUUGCAAAUUCAGUAUAUUAUAAUAAUGUUAAUGAAAGCUUUGGUGUGCUAUAAAUCUGUAAUUGAAGAAAAUCCUUCUGUAUCAUCAGGAAUACCAUUUGCAGUUACUCUCAAUAACUUUUUUCUGCACAGUUUUAUAUAGUGGAAGCUCUUUUGUAAGUGCACAUGUACCAUUUGGAAUGUUAAAAUUUAAAAGCUGGAUAUUUGAUCUGAAAAGUUUUUUUUUUUUUUUAGCCAUCAUUAUCUUAUCAUGAUUUGUUUUGUCUUAGAAGUUCCUUUAGGCCAGUUGGAGUGCUUAAAUUUGAUUCUCAUCUGGCAGUGCAGUGGUCAGUUGUGACAGCAUUGUAUAAUAAAUAAGUUGUUCUGGAAAGAUCUUUGCAGUUAGUGUAGUUAGACUUUUCUCGAUGAUUACCUUUCUGAAAGGGCCAGUCAUUAAUGAUUAUUAUAUAUAUUCAUUAUUCUGGUCGAAAUUCUUUGUUCCUUUGUUACAUGUAAUCUAUUAUGGGGUACUUCAUUUGAAGACAUUUAGGCACUGCAAACAGAUUCAGAACUUCAGUGUUUGGCUUGUUUCAUGGCUUUUCUGUCUUCUCAUAGUUUUAAAACAUUCUUAUAGAUAUUCUACUGAAGGGCAAAAAAGAAACUGGUAUUUUUGCUGCAGAGUUUGUUGUCUAAAUCAUAUGCAAAGAUAUUGGAUAACGUUUUGUCAUAAUGAAUUGUGAAGCCCUCUGACACAUGGAUAAAUGGUGCAUUUUCAGAUAAGCUUAUUUCAGUUCAUAGUUCAUUGGCAAGGACUUCCUUGUACUACUUGCUCAUUGUUUGUGCAUUGGGGUUAAUUUUCCUUGGUUAUUAAGUGACCUUUGCAUUUACUUUCUGUCAUAUGCAAUUACACAUAAAUGCAGAGUUAAACAUCUAGAGACUACAUUCAUUGUUAAAAUGAAAUUACUUGGGUGGGAAGUCCUUCAUAACAGUGCCUUAAGUUUCAAUGCGUAAUUUCAAUUGAACAGUAAAAAAUAGUGUGAAGGAAAAAGCACCAUGUAUCAAAGCUUCAAUGAAAAGAUACUCAGUAUCAUAGGUAAAGUGAAGAUGUUUCAUUUGUACUAGCAGACAGUUUUAUUUUGUGACACUUAAUAAAAUGGGGCAAAGGCAGUCUACUGUUUUAGGUUGCAUUAGUAAAACGUGAAAAGUUAAAAUUUCACAAAUAUUGUUUGCUGGUUUCCAGUUUGUCCAGAUGUAUAUCAUUUGUAAUGCAAAGUCAAUUAGGAAAACUGUCAUCUCGGGGAUAUGAAAUUAGCAAUAGAAGCAUAAAAUGUUAAACUAACUUGGUGAUUAUUCAAUUGGUAUCAAUGGAAUUAGCUUGGAAAAAUAAAGUGCUCUUAAUGUAGUUCACUUACAUAUUAAGUGUUAAUGUGAAUACUUCUGGAACAGAAAUGGUCAUUUAAAGAAGUGUUGAAAGCUAUUGUUGCCUUCCUGUGUAUUUUUAAAUUAAUAGGGGCUUCAAACAGAAUUGUCAUUUCAGUGGUUUAUGAUGCACACACAUUUGGUUAGUGUGUUGAGUGUAUUCCUAAAGUUUCUUAAAUAUGCAAAUUGAUUGUGUGUGUGUGUGUGUGUGUGUGUGUGUGUGUGUGUGUGUGUGUGUUUUCAGAAAAUUUGUCAUGUAGUAUAAAGCACGUCAUGUUCUUGAUAAACAUUGUUCUGUGUGUGCCUUGAGAAGUAUCACUUUUGUUUCAAAUUUUCCUUGAAUUUUAAUGUCUUAAUAGUAGUUAAGAUAUUCUGUGUUGGUUUAUAAAUUGAAAAAGUGGCCAGGAUGAAAUAGUGGUGCAUUGCUUCUAAAAAAAAAAAAAAAAAACUGAGCACAUCAGAGUUGGAGGAGCAUUCAACACAGUUAAUUUUACUCAGUGUUAUCUUACGUAGAUUCUGUAUGAAUUUGAGAAAGGCAACCAAUUUCUAUAAAUCAUUUAAAACUAAUGCUGUUAUUUCUAUUUUGAUAUGAAUCAUUGUAUGAGCAAAGUUUCUAAUUUGUUGUUGAGUAGUACCUAUUAUUUGCUUACUGAAAAAAUUGAUAAAAUUUAGAUUUGAAUAUUCAUGUUGCAGUAAAUGAUUCCAAUUGUUGCUGUGUCAUUGCACUUUGGUGAAUUAAUCAUAAUUUUCUGUAGCUUCACUGGUCCUUAACUAAGCAGUAACACUUAACUGUGGAAGUCCGGCUAAAAUUUAGUUUCCCUGUUUCAAAAGAACUCUGUACUUUUGGGUUCAGUGCACUGCAUGUGGUAUGUGACUGUAGUUAAACCUUGUACCUUGGUAUGAGCAUCCUGUCAAUCAAAAACAGAGAUAAUAGGGAAAGCAGUCGGCAUCCCUUCAGUCUUAUCUGUUGUUAAAAUUUGCUUUACUGGAAACUGCUUGAGUUUUAAAUAUAAAUAGAAUCAUCAUUCCCAUUUUCAUAGAUGUAUUUUGAUUUUCUACAGUUUGUAUAUUAAAUUCAUAAGUUUUAAAUAAAUAUAUUUACAAAAAUUUGAAAA